AUGGGGUGUUACACUACAAGCCAUAAGGUUAUUCAUUGGGUGAACUGGGAAAUAGUUUGUAGACCUAUGGCUAAGGGUGGGUUAAGGGUUAAGGAUUUAGCAGCAUUCAACGAGGAUCUAUUACUAAAGUGGAAGUGGAGGUUUUUGUCAGAGAAGGAGGCCAUUUGGAAACCAAUCAUCGACCAGAAAUAUUCUAUCUCUAGUUUGGUGUUGGUAGUUAUGGGGUAUGAAGGAAAAAUGUCUAAUAAGAAUGGUUCAAUUUGGUGGCGAGACUUGUCUUUAAUUUUGUAUAACAAGGCCACGUCAAAUGAUCUCUUUGUCAACGGCUUGAACUGUAUUCUUUGCAACGAUAAAUAUCUUGCUUUUUGGCACUGUAAGUGGGCUCUUAAAUGUCCUUUGAAGGGUUUAUUCCCUAACCUCUUCAUUUUUUGUUCGAAUUCGUGUUGUUCUGUUGCUGAAAUGGGUAAUUGGGGGUGUGGCCGGAUGGAGUUGGAAUAA